AUGGACGACCCCCAUGUAAAAACUUGUGAAGAAAUUUUAGAGGAUUUUAACGUUGAUAUAAACAGAGGUUUAACGGAAAAGCAGGUUAAAGAUAAUGAAAAAAAAUUUGGGAAGAACGAGCUUCCUCAGGAAGAACCAACUCCCUUACUGGAACUCAUUUUAGAACAAUUUAAAGAUCAACUCGUUAUAAUUCUUCUAAUUUCUGCUGCGAUAUCUUUUAUACUGGCUUUAGUUGAAGACUCUGAAGAACAGGGUACUGCAUUCGUAGAACCAAUUGUGAUUCUCCUAAUUUUAAUUGCCAAUGCUACUGUAGGAGUUAUACAAGAAACUAAUGCUGAGAAAGCUAUUGAGGCUUUGAAAGAAUAUUCACCUGAUGAAGCAAAAGUUUUACGUGAUGGACAUUUAAGCAAACUUCAUGCUUCGGAACUUGUACCAGGUGACAUUAUUGAUGUCGCUGUAGGUGACAAAGUUCCGGCUGAUUGUCGAGUAUUAAAGAUUUAUUCAUCUGCUUUAAGAGUCGAUCAGGCUAUUUUUACUGGUGAAAGUGUUAGUGUUAAUAAAGAUACUAAUCCAGUUAAAGACCGGCAGGCUGUGAAGCAAGACCAAACAAAUAUUCUAUUUACGGGAACCACUAUAGUACUUGGAAAGGCACGUGCCGUUAUUGUUAAAACUGGUGCAAACACGGCUAUUGGUGAUAUUCAUGAAAAUAUUGCUAGUCAAAUAUCUGCUAAAACGCCUCUAAAAAUUAAAUUAGAUGAAUUUGCUGUUGCCGCUAUUCCCGAAGGUUUGGCCGUAGUUAUCACAACAUGUUUAGCUCUUGGUACAAAAAAAAUGGCCAAGAAAAAUGCAAUUGUUCGAUCUCUUCCAUCUGUUGAGACUCUGGGUUGUACGAGUGUCAUAUGUUCUGAUAAAACUGGUACUCUCACUACAAAUCGUAUGAGCGUUUCUAGGUUACUUGUCAUAACAACCGAGCAUGCUGAUGUCCAGGAGUAUCAUAUUGAUGGUUCUAAUUACUCACCACACGGAAAAAUCCUUACGGCUGAUGGCGAAAAUGUCAAUUUUCUUCCUGAAAAUAGUCCUUGUAUUAACGAUCUAGCAAAAAUAUGUGCUCUUUGUAAUGACUCCCGAAUUGCAUAUGAUGAAACUACUGAAUCUUAUCAUAAUGUCGGUGAACCAACCGAAGCUGCUUUAAAGGUCCUCGUCGAAAAACUUGGAACCGAUAGUAAUUCAUUUAAUAGUACUUUAAGCUCUUGUUCUUCAAAAGCACGUGCUACUGCUUGUAAUGAUUACUAUGAAAAUAGAUUCCAUCGUUUGGCCACUCUCGAAUUUUCUCGUGAUCGUAAAUCCAUGUCAGUCAUUGUUCAAAAUAUGAAUACCAAAUCAACCUCAUUACUUGUCAAGGGUGCUCCUGAAUCAAUAUUAAACAGAUGUACUUCUAUCCAAUUAUAUUCCUCAUCCACUCCUAUUCCGCUUACUCCUGUUAUGCGAGAAAAAUUAUUUGAGAAACUCUUAGAAUAUGGUCAUAAAGGUUUACGAGUUCUUGCUAUGGCCAAAAUCGAAAAUUGUCCAACCAAUUGGGAUCUUCGUGACCCUUCAAAUUUUAUUAAGUUUGAAAAGGAUAUGAUUUUUAUGGGUUUAGUAGGCAUGCUUGACCCACCACGUCCUGAAGUUCUUGAUGCUAUUAAAAAAUGUAAGACGGCUGGAAUAAGAGUUAUUGUUAUAACUGGUGACAAUCAAAACACUGCUGAAGCUAUUUGCAGAUCAAUUGGUAUUUUUGGUGAACAUGAAGAUUUAACUGGAAAAUCUUAUACUGGUAGACAAUUCGAUGAUCUUUCAAAUGAUGAAAAAGCUGAAAUUUUAAAGAGUGCUAGUUUAUUCUCAAGAACUGAACCAUCACAUAAAAGUCAACUUGUUGAUAUACUACAAAAAAAUGGUGAAAUAGUGGCAAUGACAGGUGAUGGUGUCAAUGAUGCACCAGCUUUAAAGAAAGCUGAUAUCGGUAUUGCAAUGGGUUCUGGUACUGAUGUUGCUAAAUUGGCUGCUGAUAUGGUUCUUGCGGAUGAUAAUUUUGCUAGUAUCGAAGGCGCUGUUGAAGAAGGGCGAUCAAUAUAUAAUAACACAAAACAAUUCAUUCGGUAUUUAAUUAGUUCAAAUAUUGGAGAAGUUGUAAGUAUUUUCCUUACAGUUCUUCUUGGUAUGCCAGAAGCUCUUAUUCCCGUCCAACUCUUGUGGGUAAAUCUUGUAACUGAUGGUCUUCCUGCAACUGCCCUUGGUUUCAAUCCUGCGGAUCAUGAAAUUAUGCGCCGUCCUCCUCGAAAUCCUCGAGAACCUUUUGUUGGAAAAUGGCUAUUUUUCCGCUAUAUGGUUGUUGGUACUUAUGUUGGUGCUGCUACUGUGUUCGCAUAUGCUUGGUGGUUCAUGUUCUAUUCAGAAGGUCCUCAGAUUUCUUUUGAACAAUUGACAAACUUUCACAAAUGCAGUGAUCUAUUCCCAGAGAUUGGCUGUGAAAUGUUUACAAACAUUAUGGCUAGUCGUGCUACCACAAUGUCGCUUUCAGUGCUUGUCACUAUUGAAAUGUUUAAUGCUACAAAUUCUUUGAGCGAGAACGAAAGUUUACUCACACUACCCGUAUGGAGUAAUCUUUACCUUGUUCUUUCAAUCUUCCUUUCAAUGGCCUUACAUUUCAUGAUAUUAUAUGUGCCAUUCUUUUCGAAACUUUUCGAAAUUGUACCCCUAAACACGACGGAAUGGGCUGCCGUGAUACUAAUGUCGUUCCCUGUUAUCAUAAUCGAUGAGGUACUAAAAUUCGUCAGUCGGAACUUUGUUGCCCCACCAACAAAACUCAAGAUUGAGUAA